UUUUUUUAUCAAUGCCGAUUACACGCAUUAUAGAUUAAAUUUCCGUUUCCUUUCCCACUGUAUCGUUCUCCUUGCUGAGUCCUUAAAUUUCCGUAAGGUAUCCCUACGCACACAUUAAGAUGGGUAGGGAGGACAAAGCAACUUGGAAGUCUAAUUACUUCACUAAACUUGUUCAACUCUUAGAUGACUAUCCAAAAUGUUUUAUCGUGGGAGCGGACAAUGUCGGAUCAAAGCAAAUGCAGCAGAUUCGUAUGUCCUUGCGUGGAAAUGCCGUGGUACUUAUGGGAAAGAAUACUAUGAUGCGUAAAGCUAUUCGUGGUCACAUCGAACGAAAUGCUGCGUUGGAGAAAUUAUUGCCUCAUAUUCGUGGCAAUGUUGGAUUUGUUUUCACGCGAGGUGAUUUGAUAGAGGUACGAGAUAAAUUGUUGGAGAAUAAAGUCAGAGCUCCAGCUAGAGCAGGUGCUAUCGCACCUCUGAGCGUUGUAAUUCCAGCUCAAAAUACUGGUCUUGGUCCAGAAAAAACUUCUUUCUUCCAAGCUUUGAGUAUACCGACAAAAAUUUCCAAGGGUACUAUUGAAAUUAUUAAUGAUGUACAUAUUCUUAAACCUGGUGAUAAAGUAGGUGCUUCUGAAGCAACUCUUUUGAACAUGUUAAAUAUUUCUCCAUUCUCGUAUGGUUUGCUCGUGGAACAAGUUUAUGAUUCUGGCACUAUUUUUGCACCCGAAAUUUUGGAUAUCAAACCUGAAGAUCUUCGUGAGAAGUUCUUAGCUGGUGUUGCAAACUUAGCAUCGGUUUGUUUAGCCAUUGGCUAUCCGACUGUUGCUAGCGCACCACAUAGCAUCGCCAAUGGUUUCAAAAACUUGUUGGCUGUUGCUGCUGUUACUGAUGUCGAAUUCCCUGAAGCUACGACAAUCAAAGAAUACAUUAAGGAUCCUAGCAAGUUUGCAGCUGUUACUGCUACUGUUGCUGCACCAGCUGCUGCUGCAGAAGCUCCUGCUGCAGAAAAGAAAGAAGAAAAGAAAGAGGAAUCUGAUUCCGAGGAUGAUGACAUGGGCUUUGGACUUUUCGAUUAAACAAGACGUUUCGUACUUCUUAUAUUUUAACAACAGAGAUUCUGCUGUUAUUUCUUACGCCUGACGUCCGAAAAAUAAAGUGAACACUUUAUAUAAUAAA